AUGAGAUUGAGAUGCUAAUAUAAGCCGCCCUAUUCCUUGAGUCUUAACACCAAAAUCAAAUCACAAUCAAACAAGGUUGAAAAUCUUUCUCUCCAAAUCCUAUUUCUCACCGUUUGUUUCACUCCAUUCCGUGGGCCUUUUGUUGCUGUUUCAUUAUAAAACAUAAUUGAUUUUUACCUCUUACAAAACAAGUUCCAUCACAGACUAAUCAAUGGCCACCAACGAGGUUGAGAACAAGAACAAAGAACUAAAGCGCCUUGGGUUUGUGAAGAUCGCUGCUAUUCAUACUUAUGUGUUUGUCUCAUAUCUGUAUGAAUCCGCUAAGAAGAACUCGGGACCUUUGAGAUCCGCUGUUGAAACAGUGGAGGGAACCGUAACCACUGUUGUUGGUCCCGUCUACAACAAAUUCAAGGACGUCCCUGAUGAUGUCCUUGUGUUUGUUGACAACAAGGUGGAUGAAGCAACUGACAAGUUCAGUGAGCAUGCUCCUCAUAUUGCUAAGCAGCUUACGGACAAAACCAAAUAUUUUAUUCAGAAAGUAACACAUGAAGCGGGGAAAGUUGUGAGUGUGGGUCGAUCUGAAGGACCAAGAGCAGCUGUAGAUUAUGUUGCUUCAGAGACCAAGAAUUUGCUACUAAUCAAUUCAGUGAAGCUGUGGACUGGACUCAACAAAUUUCCACCAUUCCAUGCAGUGGCAGAGAUAACAAUUCCCACUGCUGCUCACUGGUCUGAGAAGUACAACCAUGCAAUCAAGGACAUGGCUGGAAAGGGUUAUAGUUUUGUUGGGUAUUUACCUUUGAUUCCUAUAAAUGCUAUAUCUAAGGCAUUUAAGCAGGGAGAAGUUAAGGAUAAGAAAUCAGAAUAAUCUUAUUCUGAUUGAGUUUUACUUUUCUAAAAAAUUUGCUUCUAAGUGACUUUGUUUUCUGUGUUGAGACAGUUGUGGCUAUGAAUGUUUGACGUUAAUUAGUAAGAUCUUGUAAAUAAUCCAAGUAUCUAGAAAUAGUGAUAGUCAUCAUGUAAAUUUUCGAUGGAUGUUCUGAAAGUGUUAUUUCUUAUGAUUUUUUUCUUUUUUGAAUAAAAUAUUUCGUGUGAAGUCUGAUUAUAACA